AAAACAAGCAGUUUAAUACCUGAAAAGUAAACAAAUGAGUUUUCGUGUUCGUCAACUUGAAACAAGAUCGAUUUCUUUAAUAAUGGUAAAUUGCUUCUAUUAAGGUGGGUAUUUGACUUGAAAUAUCAAACCAAUUUUGUUACAAAAUGAAAUGCCAUUACGAAAUUUUGGGAUUAUCCCCUGAUUGUUCAUCCGAAGAUCUGAAAAAGGCAUACAGAAAAUUAGCAUUGGAAUGGCAUCCUGAUAAAAAUUUGCAUCGACUAACUGAAGCAACAGAAAUCUUUCAGCUAAUUCAACAAGCUUAUGAAGUUCUUUCUGAUCCACAAGAAAGAGCUUGGUACGAUCGUCAUAAAGAUGAUAUAUUAAGAGGAGAUGCAGAAGAAGCCUUCAAAAAUAAUACCUUAAAUGUGUAUCAGUAUUUCAAUACAAGUUGUUUUAAGGGUUAUAAUGAUGGUGAAAAAGGUUUCUAUACUGUAUAUCGUCAAGUUUUUGAAACAAUAGCUACUGAGGACAAACCUUUUAUGGAUGAAAAAGAUUUUGAAGCUCCAAGCUUUGGUUCUUCUGAUAGCUCCUAUGAAGAAGUUGUACACAGUUUUUAUGCAUACUGGCAGAGCUAUUGUACUGUAAAGUCUUAUUCUUGGGAUGAUAAGUUUGAUUUAGUUGAGGCUAGAAAAUCUGGUGCAGGCAGGCCAGUAAUCCGUGCAAUGGAAAAAGAAAAUAAAAAACUAAGAGAACAACAUAGAAAAAUCCGAAAUGAGGAAGUCAGAGAACUAGUAGCUUUUGUGCGAAAACGAGAUAAAAGAGUUCAAGCUCAAAAGAAAUUAGAGGAAGAAAGGAAAAUUGAGAAAGCAAAAAAAGCAGAGGAGCUGCGAAGACAGCAAGUUUUAGAACGUAAUAAAUCUUUAGAAAAUUAUCAAGAAUCUGAAUGGGCAUCGAUGUCAUUGUUAGAAGAAAAGUUUAAUGAAUUAGAAAAUCAUAUUGAUGAUACUUUUGGUGCAGAUUCAUCUUGUACAGAUGAGGAGUAUGAAUACAAUGAAGAAUUAUAUUGCAUUGCUUGCGAAAAGGAUUUCAGAUCAGUGCAAGCCAUGAAAAACCAUAAAAAUUCAAAGAAACAUAAAGAAAAUGUGGCUACUUUGAAAUUACUAAUGCAAGAGGAAGAUGAGGAAAAUUCAUUGGAUGUAAAUGUACUAGAUGAUAAUUCAGCAGGACCUGAAUCUGAUAAUUUAGAAUCUAGUGAAACUCUUUUAGGUGAUCUUAUAAAAAGCUCAACAAAAUCAAAAAGAAAGAAGAAGAAAGAGAAAAAAGCCAAAUGUAUUGAUACAGAAAGUGAUUUGAAUGUCACAGAAAAAUUAUACGAAACAGGUGAAAUUGUAGAAGAAAAACUUGAAACUUUGAAUAUUAAUGACAACAAGGAUAUAAAUAUUGAUAAUGAGAGUACGAUUACCAAUAAUGAAAUAAAAGAUAAUAAAGACUCAGAGGAAGAAACAAAAAAGAAUAAUGCAUGUAAAAAGAAAGGGAAAGCUGCUUCUAAAGGGAACUCCAUUAUUUCAAUUCCUGCUGAAAAUGAAAACGAAGAAGUUGAAAAGCCUAUUACUGUUUGUGAAACAUGUAAUGUAAAUUUUAAAUCAAGAAACAAACUUUUUGAUCAUUUAAAGGAAAGUGGACAUGCCAGUUAUAAGAAUGUAAACUCAAAACAAAAUGCUACAUCUAGCAAAAAGCAACGAAGAAAAAGAAAUUAAUGCUAAUUUCUAGAAUAUUGUUUAAAAUUUUGUAGUUAUUUUUAUUCAAUAUACUACUUUGAAUUAUUUGUUGACGGGGGAGUUCUGUAACAAGGAGCUAGUCGAGGGCUCUUUGAAUAUCUUCAACUUUUAUGUUGUAAACUUUCACUCGACUUUUCUGUCCUUCAGUGGACUGAUUGUAAGACAUGGUUCCCAGUAGAUUGCCAAAGUCAAACAUCAGUGGCCAUGGUCAGGUAUGCGACCACGGUGAUCAGUAUGCAAAGGAUCCAAGCAUGUACGGUAUUAGUGUCCUUUUUAAACUCUAAUGAUGAUUUUACGUGUGGGUUGUCGGGAACCAUACAUCCCCUCUGCAGAAGAUCAAAUUGCGAAUCACCCUUAGAAAUGCUUUCUAAGCCCAUUGUACAGCUCUAGUAUGAUGUAAAUAAAGUAAAAGAAGUUAAACUUUUCAGACAACCCUGUUUAUAGUUUUAACAAAUUCUAAUAUUUUAUUUAGAAAAAAAAAUUACUUUUUAAAUUUUUUUGAUAAAUCUAAUAUUUAAGAUU